GCUCCGCGGAGCCGGAGCCAGCCCUGCCGCUGCUCCCAACCCGCGGCGACGAUGGGCGAAGGGAUUUUCACCAAACUCUUCCAGAAAAGGUCGCUCCUCCGCUUGGUGCAGAAAUACCAGCCCCUGGGAAGCGGCGAGGAAGAGGAGCCCGGCCAGGAGUGCGAGCUGACAAUAAUCGAGCAGGAGAAGGAGGUGGCAGUCCUGCCCCCGAAGGACGCCUGUAAAUGCCACAAGGAGGACUUGGCAAGAGCUCUAAAUGUUGAUUUACAGACUGGACUCUCUGAGUUUUCCGUGCUCCAGCGCCGGUCAAAACACGGCUGGAAUGAAUUUUCAGUAGAGAACACAGAGCCAAUAUGGAAGAAAUAUCUGGACCAGUUCAAAAACCCCCUCAUCCUCCUGCUGCUGGCCUCAGCUUUAGUCAGUGUCAUCACCAAGGAGUACGAGGACGCCGCGAGCAUCACCAUGGCUGUGCUCAUCGUGGUCACCGUGGCCUUCAUCCAGGAAUAUCGCUCGGAAAAGUCUCUGGAAGAGCUCAACAAGCUGGUGCCCCCCGAGUGCAACUGCUUAAGGGAAGGAAAACUGCAGCACCUUCUAGCACGAGAGCUGGUGCCUGGAGAUAUCAUCUACCUGUCUGUGGGUGACAGGGUUCCUGCAGACCUCAGGCUCAUCGAGGUUACAGAUCUGCUGGUGGAUGAAUCCAGUUUUACUGGAGAAGCUGAGCCUUGCAAUAAGACUGACGGUGUGCUGCUGGAAGCUGGGGACAUCACCACGCUGAGCAAUGUGGUUUUCAUGGGGACCCUGGUGCGGUACGGGAAGGGAAAAGGCGUGGUUAUUGGCACGGGUGAAAAUUCCCAGUUUGGCGAGGUGUUCAAGAUGAUGCAGGCUGAGGAGACUCCCAAGACACCUCUGCAGAAGAGCAUGGACAGGCUGGGGAAGCAGCUCACCCUGUUCUCCUUUGGGAUAAUUGGUUUGAUAAUGCUCAUUGGCUGGUGGCAGGGGAAGAGUCUCCUCAGCAUGUUCACCAUUGGAGUCAGCCUGGCUGUGGCUGCCAUCCCCGAGGGCCUUCCCAUCGUGGUCACCGUCACCCUGGUGCUGGGAGUGCUGCGCAUGGCCAAGAAAAAGGUGAUUGUGAAGAAGCUGCCCAUAGUAGAAACCCUAGGUUGCUGCAAUGUCAUCUGCUCGGAUAAGACGGGCACCCUGACUGCCAACGAGAUGACGGUGACACGGCUGCUGACCUCGGACGGCUGCCAGGCUGAGGUCAGUGGGGUGGGCUACAAUGGAGAAGGAAAUGUUUAUCUUCUGCCAUCCAAGGAGAUCCUUAAAGAGUUCUCCAACAUCUCCAUUGGGAAACUCGUAGAGGCUGGCUGUGUGGUCAAUAACGCCGUGAUCAGGAAAAACAGUGUGAUAGGACAACCCACAGAAGGAGCUCUCAUUGCCCUGGCAAUGAAGAUGGAAUUAGCUGACAUAAAGGACAUUUAUGUAAGAAAGAAGGAAAUUCCAUUCAGCUCCGAGCAGAAGUGGAUGGCUGUGAAAUGCACACUGAAAAAUCAGGAUCAGGAGGAUAUUUACUUUAUGAAAGGAGCAUUUGAAGAAGUCAUCCAGCACUGCACCCUGUACAACAGUGGUGGCAUCUCGUUGUCACUCACGCCCCAGCAAAAAGCCCUCUACCAGCAGGAAGAAAAGCGGAUGGGCUCCUCAGGACUUCGAGUCCUUGCUUUGGCUUCAGGUCCAGAACUUGGCAAGCUAACAUUUCUAGGUCUGGUUGGAAUAAUUGAUCCCCCAAGGGCUGGAGUGAGAGAAGCUGUUCAAGUGCUGUUUGAGUCUGGUGUGGCAGUGAAGAUGGUCACUGGGGACGCCCUGGAAACGGCUGUGGCUAUAGGACAGAAUAUUGGUCUCUGCAAUGGGAAGCUGAAAGCCAUGUCUGGGGAAGAGCUGGACCAACUGGCAGAGGCAGAACUCUCCUCCACUGUCCAAAAUGUUUCCAUUUUCUUCAGAACAAGUCCAAAACACAAAUUAAAAAUAAUAAAGGCCUUGCAGAGGGCUGGUGCUGUGGUGGCAAUGACAGGGGAUGGUGUCAACGAUGCCGUGGCCCUGAAAUCCGCGGAUAUCGGGAUCGCCAUGGGACAAGCGGGGACAGACGUCAGCAAGGAGGCUGCCAACAUGAUCCUGGUGGAUGAUGACUUCUCAAAAGUCAUGAAUGCAAUAGAAGAGGGAAAGGGAAUAUUUUACAACAUAAAAAAUUUUGUCCGGUUCCAGUUGAGCACGAGUAUUUCAGCUCUGAGCCUAAUUACCCUGUCAACAGUGCUCAACCUACCAAAUCCACUCAAUGCUAUGCAGAUCUUAUGGAUCAACAUCAUCAUGGAUGGGCCACCAGCACAGAGUUUGGGGGUUGAACCUGUUGACAGGGACACCAUCAAGCAGCCCCCCCGGUGCAUCACAGACACCAUCCUCAGCAAAUCCCUGAUCCUGAAAAUCUUCAUGUCAGCACUCAUCAUCAUCAGCGGAACCCUCUUUGUGUUCUGGAAGGAGAAUCCAAAAGGAGGCAUAACUCCUCGAACCACAACGAUGACUUUUACCUGUUUUGUGUUUUUUGACCUCUUCAAUGCCCUGACGUGUCGCUCUCAGACAAAGUUGAUAUUUGAAAUCGGCUUUUUCCGAAACCGCAUGUUCUUGUAUUCCGUGCUUGGGUCAUUUUUGGGACAGCUGGCUGUUAUCUACAUCCCUCCACUACAAAAGAUCUUCCAGACAGAGAAUUUAGGAGUGUUAGACCUGCUGUUCCUCACCGGCCUGGCUUCCUCAGUGUUCGUCGUGUCCGAGCUCGUCAAACUCUGUGAAAAGCGCUGCUGCCACCCAAAGCACACAAAGGGAUGUCACAACUGACUGAGACUGCUCUAAAAUACACUUGGAACACAGCUGUGAUGCUGGAUAAUCCCAAUCCGUGCUUUGUGACCCACACUUCUUUCCUGAAGGUACUCAAGUGCAUCUGCACCCACAGCCCUUGCACCAGAGACUCUUCUACCCACUCCACGUGAGCUGCCUGCAGAAACCUCCAGAGAGGCUCCUGGUUUAAACCAAGAGCAGCUAUAUUUGUGUAACACUGAUCUGUGUUCCAGGAGGCUGUGCUAGUCCCAGGCAAAAGAAGAGUUUCACACCUGUACAGAAAAAUCUAUUGUGCAUAAACUGAGAUUUUAUUUAUUUAAAUCAAAAUCAUUUUUGUUAAUAAAAUCUACAUUUUAAAACGUU